UCACUGAUGUGCGCUAAUGAGGCUGCAGUGAUGGGCACUGAUAGGCUGCACUGAUGGACACUGAUAGGUGGCACUGAUGAGGAGGCAGUGGCAGGUUGCACUGAUGGGGCAUUGACAGGCAUCACUGAUGGGCACUGAAUGGCAGCACUGAUACAUGACACUGAUAUAGGGCAUGGAUAGGCGGCACUGACUGGCACUGUUAGGCAGCACUGACGCGCACACUGAUGGAUGACAUUGAAAGGCAGCUCAUAUGGGCACCCAUACGUGGCAUUGAUGUGCACUGGUAUGCACUGAUGGGCACUGACAAGUGGCACUUCUGGGGCAACACUGAUCAUCAGGGCACACUGAUCAGUGCCCUGAUGAUCAGUGUACAU